AUGGAGAGCGGGGCCUACGGCGUGGCCGAGGCGGGCGGCUCCUUCGACCUGCGGCCCUUCCUCACGCAGCCGCAGGUGGUGGCGCGCGCCCUGUGCUUGGUGAUCUUCGCCUUGAUCGUGUUCUCCUGCAUCUAUGGCGAGGGCUACAGCAACACCCAUAAGUCUAAGCAGAUGUACUGCGUGUUCAACCACAACGAGGACGCCUGCCGCUAUGGCAGUGCCAUCGGGGUGCUGGCCUUCCUGGCCUCGGCCUUCUUCUUGGUGGUCGACGCGUAUUUCCCCCAGAUCAGCAACGCCACUGACCGCAAGUACAAGUACCUCGUCGUUGGUGACCUGCUCUUUUCAGCUCUCUGGACCUUCCUGUGGUUUGUUGGUUUCUGCUUCCUCACCAACCAGUGGGCGGUCACCGACCCGGAGGACGUGCUGGUGGGGGCCGACUCUGCGAGGGCAGCCAUCACCUUCAGCUUCUUUUCCAUCUUCUCCUGGCUGUGCUGGCCUCCCUGACCUACCAGCGCUACAAGGCUGGCGGGGACGACUUCAUCCAGAACCACGUCGACCCCACUCCGGACCCCAACACUGCCUCCUACCCAGGUGCAUCUGUGGACAACUACCAACAGCCACCCUUCACCCAGAACGCGGAGACCACCGAGGGCUACCAGCCGCCCCCUGUGUACUGAGUGGCGGUUAGGGUGGGAAGGGGGACAGAGAGGGCCCUCCCCUCUGCCCCGGACUUUCCCAUGAGCCUCCUGGAACUGCCAAACCCCCUCUUUCACCUGUUCCAUCCUGUGCAGCUGACACACAGCUAAGGAGCCUUACAGCCUGGCGGGGGCUGGCAGAGCCACACCCCAAGUGCCUGUGCCCAGAGGGCUUCAGUCAGCCGCUCACUCCUCCAGGGCACUUUUAGGAAAGGGUUUUUAGCUAGUGUUUUUCCUUGCUUUUAAUGACCCCAGCCCCGCCUGGGUGCCUAGAAGCCAGCAGGCACCCAUGUGCUACUGACAAGUGCCUCAGCUUCCCCCCGGCCCGGGUCCGGCCGUGGGAGCCGCUGUUACCUGCGUUCUCUGCCAAAGACUCGUGGGGGCCGUCACACCUACCCUGUGCAGCGGAGCUGGACCAGGCUCUUGUGUCCUCACUCAGGUUUGCUUCCCCUGUGUCCACUGCUGUAUGAUCUGGGGGCCACCACCCCGUGCCGGUGGCCUCUGGGCUGCCUCCCAUGGUGUGAAGGCGGGGCUGGUGCUCAUGGCACUUCCUUCUUGCUCCCACCCCUGGCAGCAGGGAAUGGCUUUGCCUGACAACACCCAGCUUUAUGUAAAUAUUCUGCAGUUGUUACUUAGGAAGCCUGGGGAGGGCAGAGGUGCCCCAUGGCUCCCAGACUCUGUCUGUGCCGAGUGUAUUAUAAAGUCGUAGGGGAGAUGCCCGGCCCUGGGAUGCUGUUUGGAGAUGGAAUAAAUGUUUUCUCAUUCAAAAAAAAA